AUGAAUACCAAAAAUGUCACGAGGGAGGAAAAGAAGAAAGAGAAGGAGCUGAACGAGGCCAGGAAGGCCGGCAAAAUCGAAGCCCUAAAGGACGAAGAGGGGAACGACAUAAACCCCCACAUGCCCCAGUACAUCAUAAAAGCCCCGUGGUAUCUGAACCAGACCAAACCAGGACUGAAACACCAACGGUACAAGGGUACCGACAAGGUGAAAAUAGAAGAGGAAAGAAACAAAAAGGUGUACGUGAAGAACCUGAAGAAUGUCUCCGAUUUUUGUAAAAACUGUGGGAGUGUAACACACAAGGAGAAGGACUGCCUUGAGAGAACGAGGAAGAAGAAGCUUAACUUUGUCAACAGAGACAACGACGAAGAUUUUGUCUGCUUCACGCAGGAUCUGGGUUACGACGGGAAUAGGGACAGGUGGGUGGGUUACAACCCGGACAAUUUCGAACACGUGUAUAAGGAGUAUGAGAAAAUCGUGGAGGAGAAAAAGAAGAGGAAGGCGGAGGAGCUGAAGCAGAAGUACGAGAGGAAGGCCACGUCGGGGAAGAAGCGGAGAGGGGAUAACGGCGAUGGGGGAGAUGCCGUGGAUGGCGGUGAUCGCGGGGAUGACCCAUCUGGAAGCGACAGCGAGGAGGAUGACGCGGCAAAAGGCGCCACAGGGUCGGACGACCCACAGAAGAGCAUCGCGAACGGAAGCAACCUCAGCGGCAGUAACUUGAACGGGAGCGAAAAAAACAGAAACGUCGCGAGAAAUUUAAGAAUCAGAGAAGAUACAGCCAAGUAUCUCUACAACCUAAGCUUGAAUUCAGCAUUCUACGAUCCGAAAAGUAGGAGCAUGCGAGAAGACCCAUUUGCAACAACAAGGAAAAACCUACCCGAGGAGAGCAAUCAUUACAAGGGGGAGAAUUAUUACAACAAUACAGAUGAAGCUAUCGAAUCAAAGAAGCUAGAGAUAUUCGCAUGGGAGACCUACAAGAGAGGAGAAAAUGUGCACUUCAAUGCACAGCCUACUCAACUUGAAUUGCUGUAUAGAGAGUUUUUAGCGAAAAAGGAAAAACUCAUUAAAAAAAAGGAACAAGAUAUUUUAAAAACGUACAAGUGUGAAGAUGUUCUGUGUAAGGAUGGAGCCCUGGGGGAGGAACUCACUCAGUCGGAGAUUUACACAGAAUAUAAGCCAGCGGAUCAGAUCGAUCCAAAGGUGAAGAGGAUUAAAAUUCAGAGUAGAUACGAGGAGGAUGUUCACCUGUUUGAGCACUCCUCCGUUUUUGGGAGUUACUAUGACAGGGAAAAAAAGAAAUGGGGGUACCGGUGCUGCCGCUCCACGAAUAAGCUCGACAAGUGCUUCUCCUCCUGA